AUAUGUUACACUUUACCCACUGUGGUAUAUAUGUAAGUGUACUACCUCAGUUCUUCAGUUCUUGUUUUUAUGCUCUUUUCUGUUGAACUGAUUUGACUCGUUGGUUUCACUUUCUCUGUGUUCUUAAAUGAAAUACUAACAUUGUUGUUACCAACACAUUUUUCAAGAUUCGUUUUUCAAUGUCUUUGUUUUUGUUGUUGUAACCUACCACUCUUGUCUCUGGGUUUAUUUUCACAACAAUAACUGAAACAAAGAAGAGAAAAAUCAAAACUUUAACCAAUUAUUGUUCUUUAACUUCCUCAGACCAUCUCCAAUGGUGGUUGAUGUCAUGGAUUCAUCAAACGGCGACAAUCAUGACCAAGAACAACGUAAAUGUCUCAAAAGGACCUUUGAACACUUGUACAGACAACCCAUUGUCGAAGAUUCUCCUUCUGAAGAAUCCCUCAUUGGCAAUUUGGUUCCUAGAAGGGAUCAGUUAGAGGCUUUUGAAGUUGCAAAGAAAAGGAACACAAUUGCAAUUAUGGAUACUGGUUCUGGUAAAACUUUGAUAGCUAUAAUGCUUAUCAAAGAAAUUGGUCAAUCAAUUAGGUCAAGUGGAGUGAAAAAAUUGAUUAUUUUCUUAGCUCCAACAGUUCAUCUUGUGAAUCAGCAAUACAGGAAUAUAAAAGUUAAUACAGAUUUUCAAGUUGAGGAAUACUAUGGGUUGAAAGGAGUUGAUACAUGGAAUUUGAGGUGCUGGCAGAAGGAAGUUAGCGACAAUGAUGUGAUGGUUAUGACACCCCAGAUUCUUUUGGAUGCCUUAAGAAAAGCAUUCCUGAGUAUUGAAAUGAUACGCUUGAUGGUUCUUGAUGAGUGUCACUGGGCAUCAGGCAACCAUCCCUAUGCAAAAAUAAUGACGGAAUUUUAUCACCCAGCUAAUGAAAAGCCAAAGAUUUUUGGGAUGACAGCAUCACCAGUUGGUAAAAGAGGUGUUUCUUCUACUUUGGUUUGUGAGGAUCAGAUAUCAGACCUUGAAAACAUCUUGGAUUGUCAGAGUUAUGUUGUUAAAGAUCGAACAGAGAUGGACGCAUAUAUUCCAUCUGCAAAAGAGAGUUGUAGAUUUUAUGACCAAGCAAAAUUUCCCGCUUUGAGUUUGAAGCCAAAAAUUGAAGAAGUGUGGUCGAAGUGUGACUUGUUGUUAGAAUUUCAAAGUGACUAUAAGGAUAUGGACGAUAAAUUUAAGACACUGCAUCAGCGGAUGUCCAAUGAACUGGCCAAAAUAUUGCAUUGCCUCGAAGAUCUUGGACUGUUGUGUGCUUAUGAGGCUGCUAAAAUCUGCCAUCAGAAAUUCUCUAAAAUUUAUGGAGAGUGUGAAGUUUACAGAAAAGCCAAUCUUCAGUGUGUAACUGUCAUUGAAGAAGUGAUCCAAUUAAUUGAUGAAUCCCUUCAUCUUGCCAAUGAAAUGAUUUCGGACGUUGAAUUCGAUUGUUCAAAGGCAGUAGAGAUGGGAUACAUAUCACCAAAAUUACUUGAACUUAUUAAACUCUUUGAAACAUUUGGAGAACCUAGUCAGUUAAUGUGCCUCAUUUUUGUUGAAAGAAUCAUUACAGCUAAGGUGAUCGAAAGAUUUGUGAAAAAGGUUUCCCAGUUAUCUCAUCUCACAGUUGCCUAUGUAACUGGAAGCAAUACAUCAACUGAUGCACUGGCUCGUAAUAGGCAGAAAGAAGUAUUGGAUUCUUUCCGAACCGGAAAGGUCAAUCUUCUAUUUACUACUGAUGUACUUGAGGAAGGAAUUCAUGUGCCAAACUGCUCGUGUGUGAUACGUUUCGACCUCCCCACGACAGUUUGUAGUUAUAUCCAAUCUCGUGGAAGAUCUAGACGUGCUAACUCUCAAUUUAUUUUGAUGGUGGAGAGAGGAAAUUUGAAGCAAAGAAAUCUGCUCUUUGACAUAAUCAGGAGUGAGCGUUCCAUGAAUGAUGCAGCUGUUAGUAAAGACAAUGGAUGUAAUUUAAGGACAUUUACAGUUAGGAAAACAGAAGCAUACCAUGUGGAUUCUACUGGAGCAUCAGUCAAUUUAGAUUCUAGUGUUACUCUUAUAAAUCAAUAUUGCGAAAAGCUCCCACGUGAUAAGUACUCCUCUGGAAAGCCCAAUUUUGAGUCUGUGCCUGUGGAGGGAGGAGGGUACGAGUGUAAAUUAACACUACCACCUAAGGCAGCUUUCCAAACAAUAGUUGGUCCUUCAGGAAAAGAUGUUCGGCUAGCAAAGACUCUUGUAUGUCUAGAAGCUUGUAAGAAGCUGCAUCAAAUGGGCGCCUUGAAUGAUCAUCUUGUUCCAUCCAUUGAAGAUCCUCCAGAAGCAGACAAUGUUGUAAAAAACAAGGAAUCAAGUUCAGCUGCAGGUGCAGGAACCACAAAAAGAAAGGAAUUACACGGCACAACCAGCAUUCAGGCAUUAUGUGGUUCAUGGGGUGACAAACUUGAUGGAGCCAAAUUUCAUGCUUAUAAAUUUGAAUUCAAGUGUAAUAUUGUUACUGAAAUUUAUUCUGGAUUUGUUCUUCUGCUCGAGUCAAAGCUUGAUGAUGAUGUGGGAAAUUUGGAAUUAGAUCUUUAUUUAAUCUCAAAGUAUGUGAAGACUUCUGUCAUUUCAUGCGGGCAAGUUUAUUUGGAUGCUGAACAGGUGGCGAAAGCAAAAAGCUUUCAUGAACUGUUUUUCAAUGGUUUGUUUGGGAGAUUGAUUCGUAAGUCGAAAUCAGGAAAUGGGGAAAGGGAGUUUUUACUGCAGAAAGACACAGAAUUAUUGUGGAGUCCAAAAAACUCGUAUUUGCUUCUACCAUUUGAGAAGUCAAAUGAUAUGGAAUCAUUGCAAAUACAUUGGUCUGCAAUCAGUUCUUGCGCUUCUGCUAUUGAAUUUAUAAGGGGGAGAUUUCCGUUGGUUGCAGAAGAUUCUGAUGAUAACAGCAAAAUCAUAUCACCGCCUUGUGAUAUCACCAAUUCGUCGGAUAUGGAACAUGAAAGCACAAACAUUUUUCACUUUGCCAAUUGUGCUAUUGAUGUUAAUAAUAUGAAAGAUACGGUAGCUUUGGCCAUUCAUACUGGGAAAGUAUAUUGUAUCAUUGAUGUGGUUGAGAACUCAUCCGCUGAAAGUGCUUUUGACGGAAACAGUGACAAGGCUGGAGCGGAAUGCAAAGUGACGUUCUCGCAGUAUUUCAAGAAAAGGUAUGGAAUCACAUUAAAACAUCCAGAACAGCCUUUGUUAAGGUUGAAGCAAGGUCAUAAUGCACACAAUCUUUUUUUGAACAUUCAUGACGAAGAUGCCGAGGACAAGUCGUCACUAAUUGGCCCGGUAACCAAAAAACCGCCUGUGCAUGUUCACAUUCCACCUGAGCUUCUUUGUCUUCUUAAUAUUAAAAGAGAUGUGUACAAGUCAAUGUACUUACUACCAUCUCUUAUGUACCGUAUCGAAUCUCUCAUGUUAUCCAGUCAGCUUAGAGCAGAGAUAAAUGGCCACACUGACAUUUUCAAGAUACCUAGCUCUCUGGUUCUAGAAGCACUUACAACUUUAAGAUGCUGUGAAAAGUUUUCUAUGGAACGUCUUGAGUUGCUAGGAGAUUCUGUUUUGAAAUACGCGGUGAGCUGUCAUCUCUUUCUUAAAUAUCCUAAGAGACAAGAAGGACAGUUAUCUGCCAAAAGACAAUACGCUGUUCGUAAUUCAACCCUACAUAAAUGUGGAACAGAUCGCAAUUUGCAGGGAUAUAUUCGAGAUUCCGCAUUUGAUCCGCGCCGUUGGGUUGCUCCUGGACAAGACUGUAUACACCCUGUUCAUUGUGAUUGUGGGUUGGAAACCCUAGAAGUUCCGUUAGAUACGUUCAUUACUGAAGAUCCGAAAAAAGUGGUUGGGAAGCUGUGUGAUAGGGGACACCGCUGGAUGUGCUCGAAGACUAUUGCUGAUUGUGUUGAAGCUCUGAUAGGGGCAUACUAUGUGGGUGGUGGAUUGAUUGCUGCACUUCACAUGAUGAAAUGGCUUGGGAUUGAUUCAGGACUUGAACCAUCCAUGGUUGAUGAAGCCAUUACUGCUGCAUCUCUUCACACAUAUACGCCAAAAUUAAAUGAGAUUGCAAUCCUUGAGACAAAAAUUGGAUACAAAUUUUCUGUCAAAGGACUCUUAGUGGAGGCAACCACACAUUUGUCUGAGACAGAACAUGGAACUGGCUGCUGCUAUGAGAGGCUUGAAUUCCUUGGUGACUCGGUAUUGGACCUUCUCAUCACAUGGCAUCUAUAUCAGAAUCACACGGAAAUUGAUCCGGGAGAGUUGACUGACUUGCGUUCUGCUUCUGUCAAUAAUGACAAUUUUGCUCAAGCUGCAGUUAGACGAAACCUUCACACGCACCUUCUGCAUAGCUCAGGAUUAUUACAAAACCAGAUAUUGGAAUAUGCGAAGGUCAUUUCGGAAUCAGAAGAUAACAGUGUAUCAAUCCCGGGGAUUAAAGCUCCUAAGGCACUUGGAGAUCUAGUAGAGAGUAUUGCUGGGGCUGUACUAAUUGAUACCAAGCUUGACCUUGAUGUAGUGUGGAAGGUUUUCCAUCCUUUGUUAUCUCCCAUUGUUACUCCUGAUAAACUUGAACUUCCUCCAUUGCGUGAAUUAAAUCAAUUAUGCGACUCUCUCGGAUACUUUGUAAAAGUAAAAGUAAGCCGUGAUAAGAAGGGAACCAUGGAGCAUGUUGUGCUUAGUGUACAGUUGCCAGAUGCUAAAUUGGUUCGAAAAGGAAUGGGACCAAAUCAAAAAUCUGCGAAAGGAGAUGCUGCUUUUCAUUUGUUGAAGGAACUUGAGAAAAGGGGAAUUUCGUACAAGGGAAAAAGAGUAAUGGAUUUCAGUGUUCCCGCUUGUCAAACGGAAGAACAGCCCCCAAAGCAAGUAGCACAUAAAAAGCCCAAAUUGGAAAAAACUAACCCAACUGCUAAUCCAUCCGCUAGUGAUCUCAAUGACAUUUCCACCGGAUCUUCUGAUAUUAGUCAUACCAUUCCAGUUAUUCCAGCAAGUAAAAUGAAAACGAAGGGAGGACCCCGGACUGAACUGUAUGCAGUUUGCAAGAGAAUGCAGUGGCCAUUGCCUUCAUUUGAUUCGAAAGAAUAUAAAGAUAGAUCUCUAUUUAAAUCGUGUGAAGGCCUGGAAGGAAGCAAAGGACUGAACUGUUUUGUGUCAAAAAUAACUUUGUGCAUACCACGUCAUGGUGAUUUAGAAUGUGAAGGAGAAGCUAGAGCUGAUAAGAAGAGCUCAUUUGACGCUGCUGCAGUUAAAGUGCUUUAUGAGCUACAACGCCUUGGAAAGAUUACUAUUGAUGAUGUUUCCCAAUAAUCUGUCUCUUUUUUACUCCACUAACCAACCGAUCGAAUAUAAAGGCAAUCGGCCUGCCUUCGCAACUGAAAAAACAAGUGAAAGAGCAGAGGAGAGAUGAAGGGAAGAUAUAGAUUUGAUGAAGAAGCAAUGAGAUAUAGAGGCUGUAGACAGGUUUAGAAUUAACGAAUAAAUUAUGAAUUUUAACGGAUAACUUAUUGUAUAAUAUGACGAUGAUGAUAUUUGUGCUAUAAUAUAGGUGUACUUUGAAAUGAAUGUGUUAAAAACUAAUGCUGUCACCCUAAAGUAACACCAAGUAGUGGCAAAAGGAUUCACAAAUAGGUUUGUACUUUGAAUGUGUUUAAAACUCGUAAUGAACACAAAAAGUAAGUACUGUAAUACUUUGAAUGUUGUUGUUGAGUAAAUUAAUUGCUUUUUUAGAUGAA